UUAUUUAUCAGAAAAAUCCCAUCUUUGGUUGAAGAGAGUUAUAGUGAAAUCUUCUCCCAAAACCACGGCCUUAAACCCACUGAGAUGUUCCGCUCAAUCGCCUCAUCCUCCGCCACUCCGCUUCUCUCUUCUCCUCCCCUCCAGUUCACCUCCCAGUCCCACCACUGCGUCAAACUCCACAACCCCUUCAAUUCAAACACAAUCUUGAAGAAACCAUUUAGCCCGUCAAACUUAACCCUCACGAAGACCCACAGCAGCAGCAGUAGUUUCCAUUUCGCGACUCAUUCCGAGAAAUCCUCUGAUAGUGACUGGGAAUUCCGAGACGAAGAAAUUGAAGGUGAUGAUCACGAGGGCUGCCCGUGGGAAGGCGCGAUUUUGUAUAGAAGGAACCCGGGUGUCUCGCAUUUGGAGUUCUGCACUACUCUUGAGAGGUUGGGGUUGGGAAAGGUGUCCUCGGAGGUGUCGAGAACUAGGGCUUCGGAAAUGGGACUGCGCGUGGUGAAGCCUACGAAAGAUUGUCAGGACGGGACGCCGGUUUUGAUUUCGGUUGAUGUUGCUAGGAGGAAGCAGAAGUUGAGGCUGGAUGGAAUUGUCAGAACUGUUCUUGCUCUUAAUUGCAAUAGGUGUGGUGAAGCAGCUGCUCAGAGUGUCUACUCCAACUUCUCACUUUUAUUAUGUGAAGAACCCAUCCAAGAACCAGACACCAUAAACCUGGGUGUAAUCUUUGGAGAAGACAAAUCCAAAAAUUUUGGAAUGGGCGAAGCAGAGGAUGAUGUAGAUUCUCUAAUUGACGUAGAUGAUCAGCUAUAUUUUCCUGUAGACGAAAAAGUCAUCGACAUUUCUAAAAACAUAAGAGACCUUAUACACAUAGAGAUCACCAUUAGUGCUCUCUGCAAUCCCAAUUGCAAAGGACUAUGUCUCAGAUGUGGUACCAAUCUCAAUAUCAGCAGCUGUACGUGUGGAAAGCAUAAGGUGGAGAACAAAGGUUAUGGCCCCCUCGGAGAUUUAAGGAAGCAAAUGCAGAAAACAUGAGCUCGAAGAUACUUUCUCUUUCUUUGAAUAUAAUGCGAAAUUGCAACGGAGUAUGUUAUGUUGUGUUUAUUAUAUUCCUUUCUGCUAAUUGAUUCCCCCCUCCUUUGCUCACUCUUGAUGUCUGCGACAUCAUUGGCUGUGGGAGUGAAACUAGAUCGAAAGUUCUGCAAUAACUAUUUUGACAUGAUAUUUUGUACAGUUUACAAGAAGAUUCACGUCUCGGUCAACUUAUUCUCUGUUUUGGAUCUUGGAAA